ACGGCGGAAUCAGUCGCGAUGGUGGUCGAGUGCGGGUUAGGUCAUUCCCUUCUGCCGCGCGCUGAUUGGCCGCCGGCAGGAUUUUGCUUGUCCGGCUGCCGAGCCGCAAAGGUCGAGCAUCUCGACGUCUUCAAUCCUGCCUCUGCCUCUGCACCAGCUCAUUCAUCUACACUCCCUUCUCCUCCAGUUUCCUCUAUUCUUCCCAUCCAAGCACGAGCUUUGCUUCGUCCCCCCCACAGCCACCAUGUUCCGUGCCGCCAUCGUCCGCUCGCUGAGGGCCUCCGUGCCUCGCGCCGUCAGGGCUCCUGCCUCUCUCUCCAUCAGAAGCUCCCCCGUUGCGCGCCCAUCCCAAUUCUCUCCCUGCUUCGUCUCCCAGGCUGUCAGACUCUACUCUGCUCCUGCUGGUCUGUCGAAGGAUGAGGUCGAGGGCCGGAUAGUCAACCUGCUCAAGAACUUCGACAAGGUCUCUGACGCCAACAAGAUCAACGGCUCUUCGCACUUCUCCAACGACCUUGGCCUGGACAGUCUGGACACUGUUGAGGUUGUGAUGGCUAUUGAGGAGGAAUUCAGCAUCGAGAUCCCCGACAAGGAUGCCGAUGCCAUCCACAGCGUUGACAAGGCUGUCGAGUACAUCCUGUCUCAGCCCGACGCUCACUAAAUAACCCGCGAGGAUACUGGAAUGUUAAGAGUCAAAAAAGAGGGAUUUUUGGCGUGGAUAUAUGCGAAACUGCUAGAGCUUGAGUGUCAUGUGGUCACUGGCGCUGCCUUGUACGCUUAAUUCAUGCCGGGGUUUCUCCCCAAUUAUUAUCGUGUACAUCAUCUGCAACAUGAAGCUUUGAUAAAUGUCGGAUCUAUGUCCUCUGUUCUCGACUGGUUAUUCAAGAUAAUGCGGAAUUGAAUUACUUAUCUGCUGCGGUUGGCUUGCUUGAUAUACGGCGAUGUUACUCAGCAUAGCGUCUUGCCCACGGUCAACUACCGUUCCAUAUGGGGACCGGCGAAUGACAUAGCUCCCCUUAGAACGUUAGAAUAUCGAAUAUCGUUCCAGUGUGACAUUCUACUAGACUCUACAAUGGUAAGAUUUCGCCUGACACCUACUGGAGCAAUUGAC